UAUUACAAGUAUUUUUUGACUAUUAUAAACUAUCUCCAAAAGUAUACUGAAGUUGUGAUUAUUGAGGUAUAGUUUGCAAAUGCAUCUAGAAAGGCUGAUAAACAAAUCAGAACUUGUGAUGUUUGAAUAGUCUGUGCAAACAAGUUAUCUAGCUGUGUCAGCAACCUGCUGAGCUGCUGAUAACGGGCCUAGCUGCAGAUUCAGGUUCUUGAAGAUAACUUUCAUGAUGACUGUAUCUUUCUUUCCGAAAGAAACAUGCUGAUGAAAGAGAAAGGCAAAAACCUCAACUUCAUCUGGUUGGUGGUGUCGCAACAUCACAGAAAUAAAGAGAAGAUAAAAACCUUACAAACGUUUGCAGUAAAAUACAAGUUGUUAAGUAAUGGUUGAAACGUUACUCUGUGCUUACACUUUUGAAUCGGAAAUUGUGGAUAUCCAAAUUUGUUAAAGGACGGUGAAGCAGGAACAGCAAUUGAUCGUUGUUCGAAAGGGCUGAGUGGAGUUUUAAAAACAAACAGUGCGAAACCAAGAAGAAAACAGCCCCAGCUACUGGAGCAGCAAUGAUUGUUCAGGAGCCAGUUCAGGCCGCAAUCUGGCAUUGCCUGAAUCAUUACGAUUAUCAAGAUGCGAUCUUCCUAGCAGAACGAUUAUGUGCCGAAGUGGAAUCCGAGGAAAGUCUGUUCCUUCUGGCAACCUGCUAUUACCGGUCCGGCCAGAAACACCAGGCCCACUGGUUACUGUCGAAUAAGAGCGUUCGCUCGACGCAAUGUCGAUUUCUCCUCUCCAAGUGUGCCUUCGACCUGAAACAAUAUUCAGAAGCUGAACACACUCUCAUCAACGAUGAUCACUUGCGGGUACGGCAUCUGGACGAAGUGACCAAAGAGUUCGGCGAUAUCGGAUGCUUCGCGCUGGAGUUGCUGUCGAGGAUCUGUCAAAAGACUGAACGUGCGGCACUGGCCAACGAUGCCAGCCGGAGGGCGGUGAAGUUGAACCCAUUCAUGUGGCAAUCGUUUGCCGAGCUGUGCCAGCGUGGAGAGAAACCGGAUCCGGCGGAAGUGUUUCAGCUUUCGAGCACCGAUAUAUUUGCCACUAGUCAGCCAACGGCCUUAAACUCGUCGGUGGUUUGGUUCGGAAAUGGAUGUGGCGGAGGUGGGGGAGGAGGAGUAGGAGGUGGAGGUGGUGGUAGUUUCAUUAUUAACCCGGACGUCGGAAUCGAGCUUCAACAGCAGCAGCAACAACAGUUAUUCAGCGGUAGUCAUUUAUCUACUCCACUAGAUCAGGUUUCUCAAUGUCUCAUACAGAAUAUAAUCAAUACACCAAAUAAUGCUCCACAACAGCAACCUCAGCUCCAACAGAGUCAGAAUAUAUCUAGUAUAACAAAUGUAGAACAAACUCCAGGCAGUGGUGCAGGGGCGGAAGUGGGUACCCCUUUCCGGAAGCAACAGUUUAAGUAUCUAGCCGCCAUGAGUCCUACCACUCCUAGUUUCGGUGUUUUACCUAUAAUGCAUAGUCCAGUUUUAAGCAGUGACCAAUCGAAUUUGAUAAUGACACCUUCGCCACAGCAGUUUUCGACUUUGGCCACCGGAUGUCACCAGCCGCAACAACCUCCUGGUUCGCAAAUCCAACAACAGCUGAAUACGAUACAGCAACAGCAAAUCAUAGCCGAAAGUGAGCAGCAGAAAAUGGCUCUCCUGUGCAGUAACAAAAAGAUGCGUGGUCACCACAAUUUAGGAACAAUGGGCAACAUAAUUAACAGGAAAAGCGACACCACGGCAACAACGAUGCUGCUGCAGCAACAAAGUACAAACACCAAACCGAUUGUGUUUAGUCAGACAGGCAACCAGUUGAUGACGCCGCGAACACCUAACACGACCGGCGGUGCCCUGCAGGCCCAAAAUGUACGGCGAAGUUCCAGGCUGUUUAGCAACAACAACUAUUCAGUCAAGGAGAACACCAAAAGUCCUCAACUGAAUAAUAAAUUCGUGGCACCUCGAUCUCCGCCGCGUAAAUCGAAGCAAAGAAUUUCCAAGAAUCUGAACAGUAGUACGGCCAGCUUGUUGGAAAAUGUCCACGAACGAAAGUCUUCAACCGGAAGCGAUGGAAAGGAGAAGAUCGAAACCAUCACUUCCAGUGAAACGUUGAGUGAAAAAGUGUUCAUCAACAACAGCAUCAACAGUGCCCAGAAAAUGGCACAGCACGUGCUGGCCAUGAAGAAACAGAGCGCCGAUGGUUUGAUGACACUGCUGCGGGAACUCGGCCAGGGCUAUCUUCGGUUACAGAGCUACGAGUGCGAAAAGGCCAUCGAACACUUCAGUAACGUUCCAUCGCAUCACUACAACAGCAGUUGGGUUCAAAGUAUGAUCGCCCUGUCGCACCACGAGAUGCGAGAGUAUGAAGCAGCCGUUAACAUUUUCCGAGAGAUUCACGAUCGGGAACCGCACCGUUUGCAGUACAUGGAAAUCUACAGUACCGAUCUGUGGCACCUGCAGAAAGACGUGGUGCUAUCGGCCCUAGCUCAAGAUUUGAUGGCCCAGGACAAAACGUCACCAAUCACGUGGUGUGUGGCGGGAAAUUGCUUUUCCGCCCACAAGGAACACGAAACAGCGAUCAAGUUCUUCUUCCGUGCAAUACAGGUUGAUGAAGACUUUACCUACAGCUACACCCUGCUAGGUCACGAGUUAGUCAUGACGGAGGAACUCGAGAAGGCCUUAACGAUGUAUCGUUACGCGAUACUGCGGGAUCCACGGCAUUACAACGCCUGGUUCGGUAUCGGAACUAUCUUCAGCAAGCAGGAGCGCUACGAGCUGGCCGAGCUGCACUAUCGCAAGGCAUUGGCUAUAAAUCCGAAGAAUUCCGUCAUUAUGGUUCACAUAGGCGCCAUGCAGUUCUUUAUGCGCAAAAUGACUCAAGCUUUGCGGACGCUGAACGCGGCGAUUGCCCUGGAUCCGAAGAACCCCCUGUGCAGGUUCCACCGGGGUUCGAUGUACUUCACCAUGGGCCGGUACCAGGACGCAUUGAAGGAACUGGAGGAGCUCAAGCAGAUUGUGCCAAAAGAAGCCGUGGUGUACUACGUGAUGGGUAAAAUCUACAAAAAGCUGGGCAAUGUCGACCUGGCAUUGAUGCAUCUCAGUUGGGCGACCGAUCUCGGAUCCAAGGGAGCCAACAAUCAGAUCAAAGACAAUUUUGAUUCCAUUAUGCGAACACAGGAUGGCGCGAGUGGGUCCGGUGCCGGAACUGGUUCCAAUAACGAAGGAACGGAGGGCGGAAGUGGCGGAGCAGGCGGCGAAGGUCAGGACAGCAGUGUUGAUCCCGACUUCUCGGUCGGUGGAGAGCAGGCCUCUAGCGAUGAUUCGACCAAUGCUGCCAACGGUGGCCGGAAUGAAUCGAUAGAUGUGCUUAGCGGUAAUUUGUAUGAUGAUAGCGAUAGUUACUAGAGAAAAUUUAAAUUAUCUUCGCAGAGGUAGUUUUACUAUUUGUUUAUAUUUUAUUUCUUUAGUCCAUUUUCAAAUCGAAAAAUAGCUCUGUGUAUUAUAUUUUACCGGAAGAAGAUGUCCUCGUCCCCCCGAGGCCAUUGCUUGUAGGAUCAUCAUUAUGCUUUCGCUGACCAUCUUUCGUUCCACUUUCCCCCAGCAAAAUCUGAUUCAUUCGUUCCCUAGGUUAUUGUAUAAAUUUAGUGAAAACACACCCGUGUUAUCAGCCUCCCCUUUCUAUUUGAUUGGCCCUCACUCGAUAGUUAUCUAAUUAUGACGUGUGUGUGAUGCAACCUUUGCAACUCCUUUUGAUCACUUCUUCCGCGGGAUUCUCUGACAUCGCAAACUUUGACUGUGUAGAUUAUUCGUAUAGUGUAGUAAUGAUAAUGAUAUAAAUAAUUAUAAUAACUGUAACAAUAAUGAUAAUCGUGCGCUUUUUGUAGCCCACCACCAGUAAAGGACAAACUGACGAAAAAAAAACAAAUAAAAAUUUGAGAUGGUGAAUCUGAUCAGAAGUCGACAAACACACAGAAAUACUGACUCAUGAACACGUUGGAAUGGAAAUCGGUAAUAAAUAAAACCAUUUGUUGAAUUUGAAAAAAA